AUGUAAUAUAGUUUAUAAAAAAAUUUCUGUAUUCGCCAAAUGAGUCAAUUCGAAACAAAUUCUUAAACCUAAAUUCCAUUCCAAGAAAGAGGCAAACCUAAUUCUAAUCGUCAAUUAGGAGUACCUAAUUUCUCAAAUGGUCAAAAUCUAAAAACCUUUGAUCAAAAUGAGUUUAUUCCGACAAGAUAAUCUCAAACUAACAAUUAUGGAUAAAAAUAGACUAGUCCUCAAGUUUUCCAAUAUCCACAAUUCAGUUAUCCAGCGAUGGGAUAACAAACCAUGAAAGAACAAGAGCAUGAAGAAUAGAUACAAAGAUUAAUGAAAGAAAACGAAACAUUAAGAUUUUAGUGGAGAACCUUGGAAUAGGAAAACUAAAAGUUGAAAAACGAUAAUAAUCAAUUCAGUAAUAGAGACAAGAGUAUUAAUUCAGAAAUCCAAGGAUUGCAGGAUCAAAUAUAGCAAUUAAAAACUGAAAAUAAGAGAUUAAUGAAUACUAUUUAAGAAGAUCAAUAUUAGCUUUUAGAUUUAUAAAAAUUAAAGAAGCAAGUAGAACUAAACAAAGGGCUUGAAAAUGAGAUAUCCGAUCUUGAAUAACAGCUGUCAAUAGCCAAUAAACAACUCUAAGAACAAAAGCGAUUAAAUUCUUUUUCGGAAGGCGAGAAAUAAACUUAAAAAGAAGCAAUGGAAAAGCUGAAACAAUAAGUCAAAGAUUUAACCUAAAAUAAUGAGGGACAGAGUUCCAAGAAUGAAUCACUAUUAAAUGAUAAUAGAAAGAUGAAAUAAGCAUUAGACAUGAUUAAUAAGGAUUUGACAAAUGAAUAGGAAUAAAACAAAUUGCUAAUCUAAAAAAUCAAUUAAUUAAAUUAGGGAUCUAAAGAUUAGAUUAAUAAUCUAUAAACAAAUCUUACCAAUCUCAAUUAUUAGAAUGAGCAAUUAAAAAAUUAAGUGGGCCUGCUCCAAUAAAAAGAAAAAGAAUUGUAAAAUGCAUAGAAUUAAAAUCUAUAAAAUGAAGGGAAACUAAGACAGAUGUAAUAGUAAAUUUCUGACUAAUAAAGAUAAAUUGAAUAAUUUACAAUGACAGUAUAAGCAGGGAAGAAUGAAUAUUCAAAACUAGCAACAAAAUGUUAAUCCUAUGAACAAGAUAUCUGGAAAAUGAAAGAGUAAAUCAACUAAUUAACUAACCAAAAUCAAAUGUUACAAAAUAAGUGUUAUCAACUUGAAAGAACUAUUGAUGAUAGUUUAUCAAAAUCACAAAUUUAAUCUGCCGAUUUGAAAGGAAGUCUUGAAAAAUGGAAAAACUAUGGGCUAUAACUUGAAUAAGAAAUUAAGAAAAGAGAAAUGGCUUUGGUACAAUUAGAAAAUCAAUAUGAACAUAUUCAGAGUCAAUUAAAAGGUUCUCAAGAUAUUGAAGUUCAAUUCAGAAAUGAAAGAGUAGCUACAAUAUAAAAAAUGAAAGAAAUGCACGAUGAUCUACUUCUGUAUGAAAAAAAAUGUGACUAAUUAGAGAGAGAAAUAUAACUAUUGCAAGAGUAAAAUAAAUGUAGCCAAUAAAAUCAAGAUAAGUUAGAGCAAGACAAGUAAUAGCUAAAUUUUGAAGUGAAGAAUUUGAUGGAAGAAUUACUCAGAACAUAAAAUUAAACUGAUUUAAAAUACAGAGAUUUCGAUAAUUAUUAAAUGAAGCAUGAUUCUAGUAAAAAUCUCAAAGAUAGAGAAUAUUAGAAUUUAUAGUAAUAACCUAAUAUGUUGUUCUAAGAUAAAAAUAAUUAAUUUGGAAAUGAUUCACCUAGGAAGAAGGAACAAUUAUAUCAGAUGGAACCUAGAUUGAGGAAUUUAGAGAGUGAUAUUCCAAAUCCCUAAUUUAACUAAACUGUUAAACAACAAUUUUAAUGGAACUAAGAAGCACCUAUCAAUAAUGGAAAUUAGCUAGAAUUUACUGAAAAUAGCCAAAUUUAUUCAGGAAUUAACCAACCUUAUACUAAUCAUUCUGGAUAUUUGAGUCCUUAAUAAAAUAAUUAUGGCUUGCAACAAACCCAAUAGCAAAAACCUACAGAAGUGUAAAAUUCACCCUCUCCGGUUAUUUAAAAACCAGAGCAUAAACGUAAUAAUUCUUAGUAGCUCAUUAAAAGUAAAAACUACGAUUUAAGGUUCUAAAAUCAACCACAACAACAAUAGUAUUGAAAAAAUUAUGAUAGAUUAUUAUUUAUAAGAAAUUUUAGUUUUUAAUUUUUUUGAA